AUGCCUGAACAAUCCCCGUAUGCGUCUAUAAACGUUCCGCUAAUCCAAUCGCCUAGUCUGCGGGUACCCAAGCAAGUCGAGCUCCCACCCGAUAUCCAUCCAUUACCCGAAUCCGUAACGCCAUACUUCGUCUACCCCUUCACACUCGAAUCCCACAUCCUCACCCUCGAAUCCACCCGCCGCGCAACCCUAACCGCCCACGCCACCAAACGCGCCGCCUACCUCCAACACCGCGCAUCCGAGAAGGAACAGCGUGCACGACAGCGUAUUGAGGAUGAGGAGAGGAGGCGGAGGGAGGCGCUGAGGAAGGUUGCGCCGGGGUUUGAGCCUGAGAGGGGGGUGCUGGUUCCGGAGGAGAGGGGUGUUGCUUUGAAGGGGAAGAGUGGGGCAGGCGAUGGGGAGAGUAGAGGGGGAGAGGCGGAAGAUGGUGGGCAAGGACAGGGACAGGGACAGGGAGGGCAUCAGAGGACGAGAUCCGUGAUGGACGAGCUGGUGGACCAGUUGGCUGCGCUGGAUGCGUCUCGGUCGCCCCCUCCCCCUCCAGCGCACUCGCCUCCACACCAUCCAGCACAUUCACCGCCACACCCUCCAACACAUUCAUCUUCGCUACCAGUCCCUCCACCACCGCCCCAACCUCCACUGCCACCACCACCUCCGCCUCCACCACUUGGCAACCAGUUCUGA